AUGGCAUAUUCUGGCAACGGAGGCUAUGAUGAGCAUAAGCUCCAAGACCUUCCACCAGGAGGCAACUACCAUCAUCCUCAAGAUGAAGAAGAAGGAGCGUUACCUUUACUCGAUUCUGGUGGACAUGGCGGCGGCCCUUUUAAUAGUCCUUACGACUCUCACGCUCAAGGAGGUCUUCGAGCGAAUACUCCUCCUGUUAGACCUGUUUCCGCCUACAGCCUUACAGAAACGUAUGCGAACGAUCCACAACCAUACAGCAGCGAUUAUAAUUCCUCUCACACAUACAAUGAGCAAUUAGAGGACAAUCCAUACCCACAACCCAACACUCCAUUGUCACGAGCCGAAACGACAUCCACUGAGGCGUGGAGACAGCGACAAGCCCCUCCAACUGGUGGACUUAAACGUUAUGCUACAAGAAAAGUCAAGCUUGUGCAGGGAAGCGUCUUGAGUGUCGACCAUCCAGUACCCAGUGCCAUCAAAAAUGCCAUUCAACAAAAGUACAGAAAUGACCUGGAGGGCGGCAGCGAGGAAUUUACACACAUGCGUUAUACCGCCGCGACUUGCGAUCCUGAUGAGUUUACUUUGAAAAAUGGUUAUAAUCUACGACCUGCAAUGUAUAAUCGGCAUACCGAGUUGCUCAUCGCCGUUACCUACUAUAACGAAGAUAAGCAGUUGACUGCCCGUACCCUGCACGGUGUCAUGCAAAACAUCCGCGAUAUCGUCAAUCUCAAGAAAUCGGAUUUCUGGAAUGUCGGUGGACCAGCAUGGCAAAAGAUUGUAGUCUGCCUAGUUUUCGAUGGUAUUGACGCCUGCGAUAAAGAUACACUUGAUGUCCUUGCUACAAUUGGUAUUUAUCAAGAUGGUGUCAUGAAGAAAGAUGUCGAUGGAAAGGAGACUGUUGCUCACGUUUUCGAAUACACUACACAACUUUCGGUUACUGCCAGUCAACAACUAAUUCGCCCCACCGAAGAUGAUGUUAACUGUCUUCCCCCGGUGCAAAUGAUGUUUUGCCUGAAGGCAAAGAACACCAAAAAGAUUAAUUCUCACAGAUGGUUGUUCAAUGCAUUUGGUCGUCUUCUCAACCCUGAAGUCUGUAUUCUUCUCGAUGCCGGCACCAAGCCAGGUCCUAAGUCAUUGUUAUCUUUGUGGGAAGGUUUCUACAACGACAAAGAUCUUGGAGGCGCUUGCGGUGGCAAAAAGCUUCUCAAUCCGCUCGUUGCUGCUCAAAAUUUCGAAUAUAAAAUCAGUAACAUUCUUGACAAGCCGCUCGAGAGUUCUUUUGGCUAUGUCAGUGUGCUGCCGGGAGCUUUCUCAGCAUACCGAUUCCGAGCUAUCAUGGGGCGACCUCUUGAGCAGUACUUCCACGGAGAUCACACUUUGUCCAAGAUUCUCGGAAAGAAGGGUAUCGAGGGAAUGAACAUUUUUAAGAAAAACAUGUUCUUGGCCGAGGACAGAAUUCUCUGUUUCGAACUUGUAGCCAAGGCCGGCAGCAAGUGGCAUUUGACUUAUAUUAAAGCUGCUAAAGGAGAGACUGAUGUCCCCGAAGGUGCUGCCGAAUUUAUUGGUCAACGUAGAAGAUGGCUUAACGGUUCUUUCGCAGCAGGAAUGUAUUCAAUUAUGCAUUUUGGCAGAAUGUACAAGAGUGGUCACAACAUCGUUCGCAUGUUCUUCUUACAUAUCCAAUUUUUCUACAACGUCUUCUCCAACAUUCUCAGUUGGUUCAUGUUAUCUUCUUUCUGGCUUACAACUACUGUUAUUAUGGAUCUUGUCGGCACCCCUACCGCCGCUUCGGAUACAACUGCGCUUCAUCGUGGCUGGCCUUUCGGUGACACUGCUACCCCGAUCAUCAACACGAUUCUGAAAUACCUCUACUUGGCGUUCCUGCUCGUCCAAUUUAUCCUGGCUCUUGGUAACAGACCCAAAGGUUCCAAGGUUACAUAUAUGAUGUCCUUCGUAGUUUUCGGUGCUAUUAACCUCUAUGUACUUGUUUUGUCCAUGUACCUGGUCGUUCGUGCCUUCACGUCAGGGGAAACUCUCGACACCGAUAGCGCAAAAGAUUUUUUUGAAAGUUUCUUCGGAAGCAACUCGAGUUCUGGAGCUGGUAUCAUUAUUCUCGCUUUGGCCGCUACAUUUGGAUUGUACUUUGUUGCAUCCUUCAUGUAUAUGGAUCCAUGGCAUAUGUUCCAUUCCUUCGGACCAUACUUGUUGCUCAUGUCAUCGUACAUCAAUAUUCUCAUGGUGUACGCAUUCAGCAAUUGGCAUGACGUUUCUUGGGGUACCAAAGGAUCUGAUAAGGCAGAAGCUCUUCCAUCCGCUACAACUACGAAGGUUGAUGGUAAAGCAGCAGUCAUUGAAGAAAUCGACAGACCACAAGAAGAUAUUGACAGUCAAUUUGAGUCAACAGUCAAGCGUGCUCUUAUGCCGUUUGUUCCUGAAGUCGAAGAUGAGAGUAAGAGCUUGGAGGAUUCCUAUAAAUCUUUCAGAACGAAGCUCUUGAUUUCGUGGGUCUUCUCGAAUGCUUUGUUGGCCGUAGCCAUCACGAGUGACAGUGUUGACGGCUUUGGUUUCGGAAAUUCUGCUUCAAUAAGAACUGCCAAGUUUUUCGAAGUUUUGCUUUACUCGACGGCUUUCUUGGCUCUUGUUCGAUUCAUUGGUUGUUCUUACUUCUUAUUCAAAUCUGGAGUCAUGUGCUGCUUCAUGAAACGUUAG